ACAACUAUGGAAAGAUAUUCGAAGUACAUACGAAGGCAACAACGGACCAAGACGUUUUCAGUUAGGGAAGGAUAUAUCCACUAUUCAACAAGGUACUUCUGAUAUUGUUGAGCAUUAUUCCAAAGUUAAAUUGAUUUGAGAUGAAACUGCACAUCUAAAGCCAGCAAGAAAGUGCAACUGUGAUAGAUCUGAUGUUGUCAAUUGUUAUGGAUGUAAGGUUGUAAGUGAAGUAGCGCAAGAUGUUGAAGAAGCAAAGUUGCUUCAGUUUCUGAUGGGAGUAAAUGACUCUUAUGAACAUGUUGUGGAUAAUAUGUUAGCAUCAGAUCCAUGGCCUUCAGUUCAUAAGGCAUUUACUAUUCUAGUUAAUGUUGAAACUAAGAGGAAUAUUAGCAUAUCUAAAGGAGAAUACACUGCAAUGAUGGUGAAGGAGAAGACAGAAUUGAACAACAAGAAUCAGAAAAUUGAAGGAAGUUCAAAAUUACCUGCUGAAAAAUUCAAACCCUACAAGAACUCUAUCUGCACUCACUGUGGAUUAAAAGGUCACAUAAAAGAAGGUUGUUUCAAAUUGCUUGGAUAUCCGGAGUGGUUCAAACAAUCAAGAAAAAAACAGGUUGCUGUCAACACAGCAAAUAUGGCAAAUUCUCCAUUGGAUGACAUUGAAGAACAUGUAGAAGUUACUGGAUCGGAAUAUAAACAGUUCAAAGAAUGGUGCAAGGCAAAUUCAAAAGGAAAAGGGAAGGUAGCAGCAGGAACUUCAGAGUAUAGUGCAGGACCGUAAAUUGGUCAACAAAUUUCAGCUUGGGAAGAAAAUUGGAAAUUUGUUUUUCUCUUCUCUUCGUUAUUGUUCUAAAGACAUUUCUCAUAGUAGUUCUACUGAAUUUUCAUCUCCUGUUAUUGAUUGUAUUAGAAUGCAUAAUAGACUUGGUCAUCCAUCUCCUAAAGUCAUGAAUAAUGUCUACCCUGGUUUGGGAAAUAAGAUACACCAUUGUGAAGUUUGUUCCAUUUCAAAAAUGUCAAGAUUGUCUUUUCCUGAUAGUUGUUCUGUUUCAAAAAAAUGUUUUGAACUUAUUCAUGUUGACCUUUGGGGACCUUAUAAGGAACCUUCAAUAAUUCAAGUUUCUUAUAUGUUAACCAUAGUAGAUGAUUAUAGUAGAUGCACUUGGAUUUUUCUUCUCAAAGAUAAAACAUGUGUAUU